GCUAAGUUGAAGGUUAAAGGGUCGUCGGAGCUCAAGUCGGAGUUCAAGUGGGAGUUUAGAACUAAUUCGGAGGUUACAGCUUGAAUUGGGAAAUAUGGUAAAGAAAGAGAAAAGAGCUAAAGAACAGUCUAAAGAAUCCUUGGAUGAGAAGAAGCACAUAAAUGAAUCCCCAGCUCUCCUGGAAGAGAAUCCAGGAAUACCAGAGCCUGACCCCGUUACUCCAGCGGACACCAUUGUUUCCCGCCAGACGGGUCCACAACCCACAGAAAGUAGUACACAAUCUAAAAAAAGGUCAUCUGGAGCAGCACGAGGUGUUUGUGCUAUGCACAAAGUGGUGAUGAAGAAAGCGAAGGGAGAGAAAUUGAAUUUACGGUUCAAUCAAGUUGCAGUUCCAGUUGGAGACGAACGGCACAAACUGCAGUCCUAUAUAGGCAUGCUAGCAAGGACAAUGGUGCCAAUCGACAUUCCAAGUUGGCCAAAGGUUGACCCUGAAUUAAAAGAGAAAAUAUGGAAUGAUCUUGAGGAUACAUUCGAGCUGAUUCCUGAAAGUCGGAAGAGGAUUCUACAGUCGGCAGGCGCAAAAUGGAGAAAUUUCAAGGCUAAAUUGACAGCGGAAUAUGUGCUGCCUUAUGUUGGACAGAAGAAGAAGCUACAGAAGCCACCAAAACAAUAUGCUUUUGUCGGUAAGAAAGCAUGGAGACGAUUCGUUGCAGUUAGAGUCACAAAAGAUUGGCAGGAAGAGAAUAGAAAACAGAGUGAGAGAGUGGGAAAACGGAAAUAUCCACACCGAGUGUCAAGAAAAGGAUACAUCGGAUUGGAAGAAGAAGAAAUACGGUCAGGGAGGUUGGAGCCUGCUGAAAGGCCAGAUAGGGCAAUUAUGUGGAAAAAUGCCCGUAAGCCAAAUGACGGGAAUAUUAGCCCAAAACUGAAAAAGAAAAUUGAACAAAUUGAUUCGUUACUCGAAAAGCAGCAAAAUGGUGAAUUCAAGCCGGAUGGAACUAAGGAUGUGCUCACCACUGUAUUGGAAACUCCCGAGCAUGCGGGAAGGGUUCGUGGGGUUGGAAACUUCAUACCUCCAACUGUGUACUUCGACUUGCCGAAAAAGUCGAGGAAUCACAUUACCAAAGAGCAAUUUCAUAAUCUUGAGUUGCAAAUUGCUGAGUUGAAAGCUUUGAUUGCUGGGGGCAAUUAUCAAAAUUCACCAAUUCAUCAAAAUUCCGAGAAAGCAAGUUGUCCAGGGGCGGUGAAAGAAGAAGAACAAGACCAAAAGACCAGAAAGCAACCUGUUGCAAAAAAACUGAUGGCAGAUGAAUUGAUGACCGAUGAGGAUAAAGAGGGUGCUGAUUUGGUUAUUAUUCCUCCUCCUGGUCCUCCGGAACAAAAGGGUCCUCGCAAAUGUGAACUGGCAGUGGACAACAUCGAUAAUAAGGUAGCUUUUGGUGUUGUUUUUAAUGAGGAAGAUGGAUUGAGUACAUCGGUUCAUGGAGUGCCUCUACAACCAGGAUUUGUUCGUGUUAGUGUGGACGGAAGCAUUCAGGACGAUGCUUUGGUGCCUGUUCCUGUAAUUGGUGAGAUAGAAACCGUCCACCAAGCCAUCGGUUCUCAUUUAGCAUGGCCCAAAGACAUGAUCAGCUACAUCUCCAGUACUGGACCGGAGAAAAUUAAAAAGGUGCGGAAGAUGACUGAGGUGGAGAGAGUGCAUAAAGCAUUUAAUUCUGUGAAGCCAAAGGACAGUGUGCCUCCUCGUUUUAGGGUGUUGUACAAAUUUGCAUCGACAGUCAUGAAGGAAAGUGGAAACUCAAUACCGGUUCCAUGUGAUUUUGAAAUUUUUGGAAUUGAACGAACGAUUUAUCUACUUGAAGAGAAUGUACUUGCAUUGCUAGAGUUUAGAAUGAUUGGACAGUCUGCUAUAUCAACAUACAUGGCGUAUUUGUAUUCAUUGUUUCGGGAUACGCCGAGUAGAGAUUUGUCAGCGAUGUUUUCUUUUCUUCAUCCGUCCACGUACAAGCUCAAUGAUGAAUUUAAUGAUUAUGUUGUGCAAAGGCUGAAAGACGGAGUUCUUCGCAUGAACUUUUUGCCUUUUAACUACAAUUUGCAUUGGAUAUUGAUUGUGUUUUGGGAGUCGGAAAUUUUCAUCCUUAAUCCAUUGCCUCAUUAUCCACAUCCCCAGGACCUUGAAAAGGCUUUAAUGCGGUAAUUUUUUACUUCAAUU